GAUCGGUGCUGCAGCAUGCUUGAUGCCGCUUUGCUUCCUCAGCCUUUGCUUCUGGAUCAUCUUUCUAAAGCUCCCUCGCUGGUUGCGGCGUGCCGAUGCUGUGUACUUUCGAGCUUGCUCCUUCCUCUGGAUGCGCUACCGACCUGGUGCGGAGCGCUUCUCCAUUUUCUUUCUCUGCCGAAAUGCUCUGAUUGUGCUCUGCCCUUUGCUUCCCUCCUUGUCCAUCAAGCUGGUGGUGCUGAACGUGCUUCUUUACUCGAGCUUAAUCGCCACGACACUGAGCCAACCCUGGCGCGUGCCGGCAAGCAAUGCUCUGGACAUGCUCCUGCACGUUGGCCUGCUCGUGGUCUUAUAUAUGGCCUCCAUGUUCGCCGGUCACGAGGUUGGCACCACGGGCCUCAUCAUGGCAACAAUGAUUUCUUUGGUCUUUAUCCUGGUGAUGGUGGCCGCGAUCGUCGCGACGAUGCUGUAUGGGCUGGGCCUCUAUAUCCUUCGCCAACGAAGGAAGCCCUGGCGCUUCUUCCUCUCUCAUCACAAGCGCGCCGCGGGAAGCUUCGCGAGGCUUCUGAAGAUACAGCUGCAGCAGAGCGGAUAUGGCUUCAGCGUCUUCUUGGACACAGACAACCUUCGUGAUCUCACAGAACUCUUCGGCUUCGCCCCUCCAUAA